UGAGAACUUUCAGCUGUGACAUCAAGAUCAAAAUCAUAGAAGGAGCGCGGAAUAUGUUGUUGUUUGUGUGUGUGCCCCGCCGCCCCGCCGCUCCCUGAGGCAUGGCAGGCCUCGCGGACACCAUCAGAAAGUUGGUGCACCCCAUUGUUGAGAUCCGGACCCGAGCUCUUGACUCCCUGGUUCAGAAGGUGGAGCUAGGAUUGGUGACCAGAGCAGAACUAGCCAGCUCAAACCCACCACUUGUGCACCAUCUCCUCAAACUGCUGCAUUUGGGCCCUCCAUCCACCACCACCAAGCCACUCCUCACACUACUGCUCCUCUUGGCUGAGGAUGAAGGUUCAAGGGUCAUACUGGCAGGCCCAGUGGUGAGGCAGCAGCUGCGGGAGCUGCAUUCUGUUGUUCCUGUUGACUUGCUGCCAAAAGUCACACUCCUUCUCAAGAAGCUGGGUCACACUGCUAAUAAUUGUACCGCUUCCUCAGAGGAAAGAGUUACUGAGUAUGAAGAGGCACCAGAUGCUCCAGAUUUAUGCCUCAGUCACCCUCCUGAUCCACAGUGCCUGAGGACUGAUGAGUAUGCUGAGGAGGGUGCCUGUGCGGAGAGUCUAUGUGACUGGACGAGAAUUCAAGACACUUCAGUUACUACUGCUGCUGGGGAGUCAGCCCUACAUUUCAUCACCUUCCCCUGGCAGGCACUGACAAAGAGUGACCAGCAUGUCUUGGAGUCCAGUGUGCGGUCCCUGAUGAGUGCCGGUGUAGCUGAAGUAAAGGCGGCACUUCUCUUCCUUGACACAGUGGUGGUGAGGGACUUUCCCCCAGAGGUGUUGCUGCAGCGGCCUGCUGUCCUACAGGUGGUGUAUGGCUGUCUGGAGGAACAAGGUGAGGAUGCGCACUACUUUCAGGGGCCUGCCUGUGACCUCCUGCACAGCCUGACAAAGCUUCUCACAGCCCGUGUCCACCACUUCACUGACCCUCACUCCCAGCCAGGCAGCGGAGAGGUUGUCUCAACCAUGUCAUCUGGGGUCACCAGUCCUUCCAACUUAACCCAGGUCAGCUGCUGCUCCCCUCACACCCACACUGCUCCCUACCAUGGCCCUCCAGACACAUUGGCUGGAGGAGGUGAGCCUCAGCCUUUCAGUGGGGUUGGUCAGGAGCUUCUUGGGUCAACCAUCCAUGAACAAGAUGAUGGUGAUGAGUUCAUCUUGUUGGGUCUGCAUCAGAUGACUGUCCCCAGCCACUGUGUGCGUGCCAUGAGAGCAGCUACCUCCUUACUGGCUUCCCGUAGACCAGACCUCCAGUCAGCCUCCCUACGUCUUAUGUCAGCAUGCAUUACACUCUUGCGAGAUUGUGUUCAUCCCAGUAUGCUGUGGAGGGUGUUAGUGGAGGGAGAGCCAUGUGAAGAAGAGGAGGAGGCAGGUGGAGAGGAGCUACUAGCCACUGAAGUCAAAACAGGAAUACUUAUGGUUAUUGGAACCCUGUCAGAUCUCAUUCUGACUGGCCUUGAGGCAAGGAAAGAGGCAAGGGGUGAGAGGUGGCUGAUGGUCACCCACUGCUGCUCCCUCUUCCUGUGUCAUGUCCUCACAACUCUUGUCCCUGCGGAAGCUGCAGUGCAGGUGAUAGACAACGCUGUUUGUGAUGCUGUUGUGAUGGUGCUGUGUGAUGGAGGCUUCUUCCUGCAGCAUCCAGAGCAUCACCACACUCUGCUGCAGUACUUGACUCAGGCUAACCCUACAUCAGCCAACGAGGUCAGGUGCCUGCUCUUUGCUGCCAAGUCUCUGGAGGCCACUUCUAAUUUCCUGAAGGCCUCUAACUCAGACCUUCAAGGAUUUCUUGACCUUGCUGAAAAGUCCCUACCAAGCUGUAGUGUUCUCCAAGAUGCUACCAUCUUAGAGAAAUUGUUGUGGGGUGUUGGGAGACAGGCAAAGGAGGGCAGUGUGUCUGAGGAACAGCUGGAACAGUCACGACACAUACUCCUCCAGUGCCUUCAUUCUCCUGUGCUCUCUGUGCGGCUUUAUGGGUAUAAGAGUGUGUUGAGGCUUGUUGAGUCUAGUGUUGGAGCAACCCAGACUCUAGAUACCAGCUGCAGCAGAUCACCAGCUGUCCUUAUCCUCUUGUCGCCAGAUGUAAUCAGGUUCAUCCUUUUUGCUGGAUGUGCUGAUGACAACAAAGAAGUUGCCAAUAUAGCACGAGAGUCCUUACUGACCCUGUUGCUUGGCCGUCCCUUGAUGAGUAGCUCCGUGUGGACUGUGGCAGCCAAGUGUUGGGGUGCUUGCUUACCUGACCUGCAGUGCCUGGCAGACCCUUCCUCCUCCCUGGGCCGAGCAGUGGACCAGACCUUUGAAGCUGUGUGUGAUAAAGAUAGCCCUGAGGCACUGCGCUACCAGCUGCAGUGUCUCUUUCUCCUACGUCGGGAGGCAAGGAGUGGACCCUUCUUCCAGUCCUGCCAGAAGCUCAAGCACAUGAUUCCAGACCUGUGCUUUGAUUCCCUACGCUACAGCAUCACUGUGCACAAUGAUCUCUUUAUCCUCAGGCAGCCCAUACACAUCAUGCGCACCUGUAACCUUGAGGCGGAGGAAGGAGGGCUGCUGAAGGUGGUGGAGUUGAUCCAUGGUGGAGGGACAGAGGCAACAGUGCAGAAAGCAGCUUGGACUCAGUUAGCUUUCCUCUUGGAAGACCCGAACCUCCACAAGGCAUUCAUGAGGUUGUGCUCCCUCCCAUUCCUUGUCCAGACCUUCAUCAACUCACUUAAGCGUGGAGAGGGUGAGGGUGUGAGACUGGAGUGUGUGCCUCGGGUAGUGGAAUGCCUCAGACUGUUGGCCACACACUCAGCGGAGGUUCGGCUCACUCUGCUGCAGGACCCAACCUUCCUCACUGCCCUGCUGGGAGCCACACUUCUCUUCUACGAGGACAUGCGCAUGAGAAGUCAAGCGUCAUGCCUCAUGGCUCUUGUGCUUUUCCAAGACCUCAUCAGCUUUUGGGACACAUUGGAGGAGAUAGGGGCAACACAGCUGCCUUCAGUGCCACAGCUUCUGGCCAAGGGACUCCACCUUCCAUUCCUUCACCGUACACACCCUUGGGGGGAGGACAGGGGUCUGUGCACAGAGAUGAGGGCUGUUCAUCACUUGCUGAAGGAGGCUGAAUGGCCUGCCCGAGAGUUCCUUGGAGCAGUGUGGGAUUCAUGUCAGGCUGGUGGUGUGGAGUGGCUGUCUGCACGUCAUUACCAGGACUCCAAGGACUCUGACUGCCUCAUCUUGCUGAAUGAGAGAGAGACUGCAUGGCUCAGGCUAUCUAUUCUGUCCUUGGCCACCACCUCAGCCCUAAGGAAUGUGGAAAAUGCCACCUCCCACCAUGAUGUCAAGAAGAAUGUGGCAGCCCUCAGCUUCAGGGUGCAGCAGCUGGCCCUUGCUGGGUGCUGUGACAAGGACUUCUUCAUCUCAGCUCAGUGGAGGAGCAGCUUUCAGCGCUUCCUGACAUCUGAGCCAAAUUCCUCUGUGGAUGAGCAGCUUCUUGUGCAUAUAUUAGAGUGUCUGUGUACAUGCCUCAAGGUACACUCCCAGGUGCAGGAUGCCCGCUCUUCCCUCAUAAAGCUCUUAGUUACAGAGCUGACCAACCCUUCCAGUGCCUUGCUUCACACCCUGGGUAAAGCAGGAGGCACUAGCUGGGUUGCAUCUGACUUCAGCUUGCAGGCUGUGCAGACUGUGAGGCUGUUCCGGGCAGCUGCUGGCCUUGUGGCUUGCACCUUAUCCCUCCUGUCUGAGGGGAAAGCAGGCUUUGAGACAUUUUGUGAGGACUUCUGGGACAAACUGGCAAAUGCUGUCACCUCCACACUCCUCCCCAUACUUAGUGCUAAUAAUGACCUACAGCACUACAAUGUGGCUGUGGUGGGGAUGGCUUUGGAAGUAUUGGUCCAUAUCUCACUUAAUGGCUGGCCAGGCAUGGACUUAGCAUCUCAGCUGGUCUCCAACUCUGUGAGACUGAUAAGCUCCUUCCAUCUGGGUCGUGGCCUUGCUCACAACUCCUACGUGGGCCGUCGCGUGACUCUCAACUCCUCCCUGGUGCUGCUUCAUCUUUUCUCCCAUCUCAACACUGAUUUCUCACAGGUUAUCCAAGAGGCUUCAGGUGAGGACUCCCUCUCAUGGCUGGUGUCCCUGUGGGUGUAUCGUGACCCCCUAGUGGCCAGCUGUGGACUUAAUGUGGCUGCUGCCCUUGCUGCCCAAACCUCACUCUUGCACUACAAUCUUACACAGGUCUCAGGAGGCGUGUGGGCAGCUGCUCUCAGCUACUUCCUACCUGAGGGUCGUGGCUGCCUAGUGAGAGCUUCAGCAGCCUUACUUCUAGUGCAGCUGACUCGGGUUGGACCUUCGCCAAGCAGCCCCUGGCCUUCCCCUAUAGUAGCUGAUGUAUGCACUGGGGAAUCUGUAGAUGGAUUGGAAGGGCUGAUGACCCUCCUUCAGCACUGCAACUUUUAUAGCCUUGUGCUGACCUCUCUGUCCCAUCUAAGUGUGGGGCUGGGCCUAGCUGGAACAUCCUCGCCAAUUAGGCAAGAAUGGGACCUCUCUUAG